GUCCAAGAUGUCUUACCAAAUUCGAGCGGUCUCUCUGCUCGUCCUUGCCCUCGUCCUGCUCACAGUGUCCUUUUCGGAGGCAGGUUUUCGGCGUCGCGCCUUACCUGCAGGAGUAAGGGAAGCCGCAGGCUCCGCGAAUAAGUUUAACUCUCGGAUCGUAGGAGGAGAAUUAUCUGAUGUGUCAGCAGCACCCUACCAAAUUUCCCUACAGAAUGCCAUAGGUAACCAUGUCUGCGGUGGUGCCAUCAUUGCUGAUCAAUGGGUCGUCACCGCCGCCAGUUGUGUGGCUGGUUUGAGGACGAACAACAUAAAGGUGGUGACCACCACAUACAAUGACUGGGGUGACGCUGGCUGGGAAUACUCCGUGGAGAAGGUGGUGUCGCAUUGCAACUUCGACAAGCCACUGUUCCACAAUGACAUUGCCCUGAUCAAGACCCAUGCCCUGUUUGACUACGAUGAGGUGACCCAGAACAUAACCACUACACCGCUGGAGGAUCUGGUCGAGGGUGAAACCCUAACCAUGUACGGAUGGGGUAGCACUGAGAUUGGUUCGGACUAUGCCUGGCAGCUGCGUCAGUUGGAUUUGACCUAUGUGCCGACGGAUAAGUGCAAUGCCACCUUUGGUGGCGUUGGGGAGCUGGACGUGGGUCAUCUUUGCGCUGUGGGACGAGUGGGAGCCGGAGCCUGUCAUGGCGAUUCCGGCGGAGCUCUGGUGGAUGCCAAGGGACGACUGGUGGGUGUUGGCAACUGGGGCGUACCCUGCGGCUAUGGUUUCCCCGAUGUCUUUGCCCGACUGAGCUUCUACGACAGUUGGAUUAAAUCUACGAUUAAUGGAUGUACCAUUUCCUAAACAAUAAAAUCACGUGAAAUUUUG